UCCAGCUCUUCUUUCCCUCCCUUUCCUGGUUACGCAAACACAGCGCGGGAGGGAGAGUCCGUACUCGCUUACGGGAGGCAGGAGAACUGCCGGUUGAGGCGACCGCAAGCGAGCGCGCAAAACGCCUUCCUUUUUGCGGACUGCGGGGGCAAACAUUUAAGCAGUGUUGUCUUCAGUAUGGACCGAUAUGAAGAUAUAUCUGAUUGUGAAGUGGAUCACUCUUUCUUUGAUAGUGAUUUUGAGGAAGAGGUGAAGGAAGAUAGAAUAACAACAGAAAUAGAUAAGGUGGAAAGUUCUGAGCAUGCACAAAUAAAAAGUUCAGUUGUAGAUGAUUGUCCUUUGAAGCAGGAAGCCAAAGUGAUGGAGGAUAACAGUACUGAGGAAGAAAAGCGAGUAAAAGAGGCAGAAUCUCAGAAGGAACACAUGUUAGACAAUGGUGCUCAUAAAUCUGAUAAUGCUGUUUCUUGGUUAGCUUCUUUGAAUCUGGAGGAUCCAGUCGAUAGAAUCAGAGCACAAAAUGAACAAACCCUUCAAGAGAAUAUUCCAGUGCAAAUUCCCCAAAUAAAGAAAGAAUGUGAAGAAAAUUACUAUACAGAUGAAGAAGACAGUAGUGAUGACAGCAGAAAUCAGAGAGUUAGACACAAGUUCUCUAAACAGUCUAAUGGUGCAAAGGUUAAUAGGAACAUUAGUUCCUCCUCCUCCUCUUCCCCAUCAUCUAGUUCUGAUACAGAUUGUUCAGGCACAGGCUCUGAUGGUUGCCUGUCAGACUCAUCAUGCUCUUCAGAAAAGAAAAACAUGAGCAGCUCUCCACUCCUUUCAUCAGAACAACAGUCAAGCCAAGGAAUAAAGUCAGUGGAAGUAAAACCAAAACUGGGGGACCACACAGAAGAGUCUGAAGAUACAGUGACAGAUGUAACUCCUCUUUCAACACCGGACAUCAGUCCCAUCCAAUCUUUUGAGCAGGUAGCAUCCAAUGAUAAGAAAUUAAAGGUUAAAAGACAGCAAAAUGUGAGCCAGGAGUUAUAUGAACCUGCGGUGGAUCACAGAUGUCUUCAAAAGGUUCUGCAUGAAGCUAUGGACUUGAAUCAUCUUUUGAAAGCUUUUCUGCACUUGGAGAAAAAGGAUCAACAGGAACUGGCUUUGGAUCAGUCUUCUAUAGGAUCAAGGAAAAACUACUCAUUCACAAAUGAGGAAGUACGACAAAUUGAUCGGGAAAACCAAAGGCUCUUGAAAGAAUUGACAAAGCAUUCUGCAAAGCCCAGAAGCAAAAGUGCCUCAGUGAAGAAACCUUCAGGCUCAACACCUAAGAUGUACCACAGUGCCAUCAACAGGCAGAAGGAACAGCAGAGGAUUGACAGAGAGAAUCUGGCUUUUUUGAGAAGACUUGAAGCAGUAAAACCAUCAGCUGGCAUGAAGCGCUCAGAACAGCUCAUGGACUAUCAGCGACAGAUAAGCUACCUUCGUAGUGCUCCAUCUCCAAGGCGAGGAAAGUCUGCCUUGAACCAUCAUAGCCCAUCUAGAGGUACAUCCCGGGCUUCCAGUCAUAGUGCAUCCAGUAAUAUAAAUCGAAGGAGUGAAAAACCAGUUUUUGAUUCAUCCACCGGUGCAUUACAGCACUUGAACCCCAGUAACAUUCAUGGUGCCUGGUUAUAAUAAUUUGCAAUUCGCUACCAGAUUUCAAAACUCUAAUGUUUUGGAGAUUACUGUAAUUCUGUGCAGGACUAUUGUAAUAUUCAAUGAUUAAAGGACAUUGAAAAGUGGUAUUAACUAUAAAUGGAUACAAGCUUGAUUUUUCUUGUUCUUUAGUGAUAAAAUCUUUGUGAUAUCUGUUGGACAUCUUUACAGUCAGUAUUUCUUCUUAAAAAUAUUUGUGUUAAAAGUGGCAAUAUUGCAAACCUUACUUUCUCAAAGUCAAAUGUUCAGGUUUGAAAGUAGGGUUAGGGUAGACCAGAAGUGUAAAAAAAACAAAAAU